AAAAAAAAAAAAAGAGGAAACUAUACAUUAUUUUUAAUCAACAGGGUGCAAGUUUCCAGAGAACUAAACGCUUAUCUUGAUCGUGGGACUCUACCCGAAACUACGAGGAAAAAGAGUUCUGCUUCUUCAGACCCAAUAAGGCAACCAUGAGAUUCGAUCCGUCAUUACAUCAUAACUAACCACGAAGCAGUUAGAGAUCUUUAAAAUCUUCAUUUGUGGUUAUUAACUAUAAAAAAAUGGCCACUCUGUUUUAUCAAGUAACACUGUUUGGAUUCAUCCUUUGUGCUAUUCAGCAAAUCUGCAGCUACAGCUUUAAUAGCUGCAUUGGAGAUCCAUAUUCAAACAUGACAAGUUUCCACUGCUACAAUCAAAAACAAAAGAACAUGUCUGGCAUAUUAGACGACCUCCCUGGAUCUGCUGUCAACCUUACAGCGUCUUUCAACGUUAUUGAGACCAUUCUCAACAACAGCUUUGCUCAUUUACCAAACUUAGAGUUCCUCAGUUUAGCUCAGAACAAUCUGACAUCGAUUGAUCCUUUGGCCUUUCAGAAGCUAUAUCACCUUAAGUAUCUAAAUAUGUCCUUUAACAAUUUAUCAGAGCUCAGCCCUUUAUUGUUUGAGGACCUGCAUAACCUCACCUCCCUCUCCCUGGCAAACAACAAUUUAACAAUGUUGCCUGGAGAGAUUUUCUCCAACGUUGCUAAUCUAGAAAUAUUAAAUAUGAGGAACAACCAUCUCACAAAUUUUUCCAUGUUAAUAAAGUCUGUAGCAGCUCUUACAAAUUUAAAGUUCUUAGACCUUUGCUUAAACAAACUGACUUCACUUAGUGAUUUAAAUACAUCGCUACCACAGUCGUUAAAGGUGUUACACUUAUGCAGAAACAAUCUGCACACUUUGGGAUGUAGACCAUCACUAUUCAGGUUCAUCAAUCUUCUUGACUUCUCAUUCAAUUCUAAACUACCUUCAAUAGCUUUACAAGGAGUGGAUCUAAGCAAUGUUAAGAGGCUGCUAUUGCAGUCAACAAGUGUCAAGGCGGUGGAGUUUUUAAACAUCAGCAACAUCAAUGCAGGUCAUGUUGCAUUCUCAGGGAUGGGUCUUAAGAAUAACACCCUUCUUAUGGAUUUAUGCAUUUUUCUAAGAAGAAAGCUAAAAUGGAUAAAAAAUGUAGAUUUACGACAUAAUUGCAUCAAGAAUAUAAAUAAUAAUACCUUAUCAAUCUGCCCUAAAAUCAUUGGAACCUUAGAUUUAUCCAAUAAUGAGCUUAAAAAAGUAAACUGCCUGGAGUUUUUAAACAAUCAAACCAAUAUUAGUAAGUUUAAUGCAGAGCAUAACCAUCUUACUUUACUACCAAGUUGUAUAAGGAAAAAUGGGACUUAUUUUAAUAGUUUAAAAGAAUUGAGCUACCGUUACAAUCGAAUCCGUUCAAUCAAUAGAUAUGCUUUCAGUCACAUGCCAAAUAUUGAGACGUUGAAGCUCAACAUAAAUAAUUUAGCUUUUCUCGAUCGCAAAGCCCUAAAAGGUCUAAAAAGACUUAAGACCCUGCGGCUAGACAAUAAUCUCCUCACUGAUUUAUUUAAAGAAACAUUUAGCGAUAAUUACAACCUGCAAAUCCUCAAUCUACGCAACAAUCGCAUUUCUGUCAUAUUUAAUGGAACCUUUAUGAACCUAGGAAAAUUAAUAACUUUGGACUUAGGAGGUAAUAAGAUCGCCCAUUUUCAGCAAUCAGGCCUUGAGGGCUUAAAAAGUCUCUCAAAAUUCUACCUAGAUGGAAACUACCUCAAACAGAUUGACUCUUCAUACUACAGAGCUUUUCAAGACACUCUUACAGUGCUGGAUUUACAAAAAAAUCUGAUUAAUUACCACUCAGAGGUUACAAUUUCACCAUUUGAAAAACUCAGAAAACUCAGGAAUCUGAAACUUGACAAUCAGAGAAAUCAUGGCUUAGUACUUUUACCCAAAAGCUUUUUCAAAGGACUCCACUCGCUAAAAUCGCUGUACCUUACCAACAACCACAUAUCUACUCUUAAGCCUGAAGUUUUUGAUGAUCUGAAAAGUUUAGAGUUCCUCACGCUAGAUAACUGCUGCGUCGGAGUGGCCAAGUUACGACCAGGCGUCUUCAAGAAUCUUAGAAAUUUGACCAGAUUGGUUGUAGAAAAUAUGGGAAUUCAGAACUUCUCCAAAGAGGUUUUUGGGAAUCUUACACACUUACGCAUUCUUCAGCUAAAUCGAAAUGUGAUGCAGAGCAUUUCUGUAGAUGCUCUUGAGAGCUUGCCUUUACUCCAGUAUCUUGACAUACGUGAUGUCCCCCUUAGCUGUGCCUGCAAAAACAGUCUUCUGCAAAAUUAUACAGUGAAAAACCCUAAUGUUCAGGUCAUCUAUCUGUACGCAAUGCCCUGCCAAGAGAAUAAAACAAUCAAAUUUCAUAAUUUUGACACCAGAGUUUGCUACAUAGAUUUAGGAAAGUAUAUGUUUUUCAGUACUGCAGCUGUGCUAUUUGUGUUUGCAGUCUCUCCUUUACUUUAUGUCAAAUUAUACUGGAAAAUGAAGUACAGCUAUUAUGUGUUCCGUUCCUGGUUUGGUGAUCAAUGGAAUAGACUCAGAGAGAAGGAGGAAAAAUGCAAAUAUGAUGCUUUUAUUUCCUAUAAUUUCUCUGAUGAGGAGUGGGUCAUGAAGCAGUUGCUGCCCAACUUGGAGGGAAAUGGAUCGUCCUUUAAGCUCUGCCUGCAUCACAGGGACUUUGAGUUGGGUCGUAACAUUGUGGACAACAUCGUCACUGCAGUGUACAGCAGCAGGAAAACUAUCUGUGUGGUAAGCAAUAACUUUCUACGGAGUGAAUGGUGCUCAUUGGAAAUCCAACUGGCAAGUUACAGGCUGUUUGAUGAGCACAGGGACGUUCUACUGCUCGUGUUUCUGGAGCCGAUCUCUGACAGACAGAUGUCAUCCUAUCACCGCAUGAGGAAAGUUAUGUUAAAAAAGACCUAUCUUCAAUGGCCUGGCUCUGACUGCACAAAUCCUUCACAGGCCCAAGAGCUGUUCUGGAAUCAGCUUCGCAGGGCAAUCAGAACAGGCAGUGCACUGGAAACAGAACACAAUGAGACAGACGAAGACUUUCCUCCCACCAACAACAAAAAAGAAAAACUCUUGUCAGAUGAAAACAAUCUUUGUUUACCUUAAAAUGAUUUCCUGUGUUGACUGAAAGAAAAACUACAUUUUGAUAUCAGCUCUAAUGUGUUGUUUUUUCCAGAAAAACCACCACUAGCAUUUAAUGUUGGAUGAUCAAUUUAUAUCUGUCUUUCAAAGUUAAUUUUUACUUUGUACACUUUCAAUAAAUGCUGCCCUCUGUACAUAAAAAUAAAUAAAUGUAAAGAAACUUUCAAAACAGCAUUUUUUUUAUAAAGAAAAC